AGGAAGUUUGUGAGUGAUCGAUUUUACACCGGUCUUCGUUAAACUUCUCAACGACAUUUCUCUUUGUUUCAUACGCGUGUGUUUUAUCAAAACAAUAGAAACAAGGCCGCCGCGUGUAAAUAAAAUGGCGAACACGUUUCGCGGGGUGACGGUUUCCACCGUCAACAAUGACGGUGCUCUUACUUCGCGUUUUAACUUCGCUACAAACGUAAACGUGGAUUAUGACCCACAAGGGCUUAGUGUUAAAGUAAUACGUGCGGAUCCUGUAUUAGCUCAGGAAGUGCUUGAAUUUCCAGUCCACAAUCAAAGCGAGUGUUCACGGGUGGCUGGUCAAUCUUAUAUUUUUACGAUAGAUAAUGAAACGCUGUUCUUCAAGUUUGGUUCUGAAGGUGACUGUCAAAAUUUCCAUUUACUUGUUAGCAAGAUUAAAGCGGGCAGAUCGUCCUCUGUUUUCACGGUGCGAACAGAAGAUUCGUCAGCGAUGCAAUAUUUCCAGUUUUAUGGUUACUUAAGUCAGCAGCAAAACAUGAUGCAGGACUAUGUACGAACAAGCACUUAUCAGCGGGCUAUAUUGUCAAACAUAAACGAUUUCAAAAAUAAAGUAAUCCUCGAUGUAGGUGCUGGUUCCGGUAUUUUGUCGUUCUUUGCUGCACAAGCUGGUGCCCGGAAAGUAUAUGCAGUAGAAGCAAGUAACAUGGCCCACCAUGCACAAGCAUUAGUUCAAGCUAAUGGACUUCAUGACCGAAUUACAGUUGUAGCUGGUAAAAUUGAGGAAAUUGAACUGCCUGAAAGUGUUGAUAUAAUAAUUUCUGAACCUAUGGGCUAUAUGCUAUACAAUGAACGCAUGUUAGAAACUUAUCUUCAUGCUAAAAAAUGGCUGAAACCAAAUGGUAACAUGUAUCCUACAAGGGGGGACUUACAUAUAGCCCCAUUCACUGAUGAUGCUCUCUUUAUGGAACAAUAUAAUAAGGCCAAUUUCUGGUACCAAUCUUGUUUCCAUGGGGUUGAUUUGAGUGCCUUACGCACAGCUGCCAUGAAAGAAUAUUUCAGACAACCUAUAGUUGACACAUUUGAUGUACGCAUUUGUAUGGCGAGAUCUGUGAGACAUGUGGUAGAUUUCUUAAAUGCUAAUGAGACUGAUUUGCAUCGAAUCGAAGUACCUUUCAGAUUUGAAUUGACACAGUCAGGAACUUGCCAUGGUUUAGCAUUUUGGUUUGAUGUUCUAUUUGCAGGAAGCACACAGCAUAUUUGGUUGUCCACUGCACCUACAGAGCCAUUAACUCACUGGUACCAAGUAAGAUGUUUGCUUGAGACUCCUAUUUUUGCUAAACAGGGACAAGCUUUAACUGGUCGGGUACUGCUAUUGGCCAAUAAAAGACAAAGCUAUGACGUUACUAUGGAGAUUAGUUUGGAGGGAACCAACAUUUCUUCUUCAAACACUUUGGACUUGAAAAAUCCAUACUUUAGAUAUACAGGUGCUCCAGCAGCUCCCCCUCCAGGGGUUAACACAACAUCUCCAAGUGAGACUUACUGGAACUCUAUUGAGUCAGCGGGUUCCCUAAGUAAUGGACAAGGUGUUAUUUUGACAGAUGGCACACAGCAGUUUUGCUCAACUCCAGAUCAAACCAUGGCCUAUGCAGCUCAUCCAAAUAUGAUCAAAACAGUAAUGUUACAAGAGGAGUUCAUCAAGAGAAUUGGGAUAAGUCAAAACGGAGAUAUAUAAUCCGCGAAGUCGCGCCGUGCGCGCCUACGGGCUAUAAGGAACCGUCGCAACCGGUUGUGAACAAUCUUCCGUUCAAACUAUAGUGUAUAAGCGGACUUAUUUAUUUACAAAACAUCACUGGACUUUCAAUUUAAAUUGUGUAUUGGUUUAGUAGAGACAAACCGCCUUGAAAACUAUCUGUAGAGAUAGCUCUGACACGCAUUACUAAUCACUAUAUAGUGUAAUAAAUAUAACACACCAGUGUUAUUUGGAUGUAGCACCAUAGGCUGCAUUGUUUACAGUAUAUGACGCUUAUUAGUAAUUUAAUAAAAACAAUAAUUAUUGAAUACCUUAUGAACAUUUUUUUUUGUAAAUAAAUCUUUGCAUGAUGCAGAGUAAAAUGGCCAAAAAGCGUCAUAACUUGAGCUUUGGCAGCUCGUUAAGAUUAAGAUAAUUAGUUUCAAGUACAUCUUAGACUAAGCAAUAAGUGCUAAAAAUGCUUAAUGUUGAAUACUCAAGUAUGAAAUCAUGUCAUCAUGUAGAAAGCUCAUUUCUGAAUUUAAAAUUGUGGUGUUUUUGAGAAUCUUCUGUCUGCCAAUGGAAAUAUGAAUGAGGAUUAAGUCAUUACUAAUAAAUUAUGUAAAUAGUUAGAAUAGGAUAAUUUUGUCACAUUUUUGACAUAAUCUGUUAUAUGAUAUGUGAAUUAUCAGUAUUGCUUUGUGUUCCAUAUGAAUCAAUAUAGUAAUAUUUUUAUUUAAUGUAACUGCAUUUUGUAUGUGAAAAGUGAUAUUGUAACCAGUGAAGCUACUUAUGUAGCUAUUUAACUUCACAACAAUAUUUUUCGGAAGAGAUACACUGAAAACAGAGAUUACACACUCAUUCUUUUCCGAAUUUCUAAGUGGGUGGAGACAAUUUCUUAUUUUGCUAAUGUCAAUGUAGUGUAAUAAUAAUAUCUAUGUGUUGCUAAUAUCAUUGUUAUUGAAAUUUUAAAAAAUCCAGUCAUAAUCAUAAUGGAAAUAAUAUUUUUGGUUUAUGAUUAGUGUCAGUAUGAAAUUGGCACUAAAUGAUAGAAUUUCAAAACUACAGCUACCUCAUGAUUUGGCAGACGGAUUAGAAUACAACAAAUGUUACAUUGCAAUGUUUAGUAUUGCCAAUUGUUUUUGAUCUCACUUGGCAAUAUCUCAUUGAUUCUACUUGAAAUUGAUAGAAACUUUUGUAAUUCGUUUGACUUAUCAAUAAUUAAAUAUGUCACAAACAGUU